AUGGCGGCACCAAGCGCCGUGUGUGCGCGUCUCUGAUACGCGUGCGUUUAUUUGCGUGUCGCGCGAUGCGGAGCUGAGCGCGGAGCGUAGUAGCGGAGCGCGGCGACGCGGCCACGUAAAUAUCGUGCAAUUUGCGCGCGCGUCCCGGCCGAAUUUCCCGUAACGUCGACAAAUGAGACGCGGCGAGCGACGCGAGGUCAACGAGUGCCUGCCGAGUGCGCGAUCGAACGAUGAACUAUCUCAACAGUAUAGCAGGCGGCACGACGACCGCCGACUCGGGCCUGCAGCUCAACAACGUCGAGACCCUCUACACGAAGGUGCAGAGGAUCUACGUCAAGCCGCAGCAUAAGGAGGAACGCCAGCGGGAUCUCCGUGUCAACGUCGAGAUUCACGCUGGCAUCAGCCCGGUUUGCCGCAAGAGUCUGUGCGUUUUGCUGGCCGACGACGACGACCCGUGUUUCCUCUAUUCCCUGUUCAUCACCGAGGACGACUUCAAGGUACUGAAGGCGCAGCAGGGACUGCUGGUUGACUUCGAUAACUUCGCCACUCAGCUGAUAUGCUUGUUGGAGCAAUGUCACGUCCCGGGCGCAAGCCAGUUGUCCAAGACCCCGCCAAAGUUCCUCCUGCUGCUGGCAGAGGAGUCCGGGGAUUGGAACUUCAAGCUCGUGGAGACAAACAAUUUCAAGCAUCUGUGCCACUUGAGCUUGAAUAUAUCACCCGCGAGCGAUUCGGACUUGAAAACGCACAUGGCAAUAAAGAUCAAGCAGCUAAAGGAAAGUGUUUUGCAGCAGAGCAGGGACGCGGUCGGUCUAGAGACUAGAUUAAACGACUUGACGGGCAAACUUGAAACGAAAACGAAAGAGCUAGAGCAGUUGGAGCAAAAAUAUCUAACUGAGAAGAGCCAGAUACAGUUUAAUUCGUCGCAGCAAAUAAGUAUAGAAAAAGACAGACUGGCGCAAGCAAGACUAGAAUGGCAACGGCAAAGUGAAAAGGAAAAACUACAAGUUGAACAGAGGCAUGCCGAGACUGUGAAACAAUUGCACACAGAACUCGCUGAAUUACGGACGCAGAAUAUGACGUAUAAAGAUAAGCAAUCCUUUUUAGACGCUACAAACGCGGAGCAGGCGAAGCAACUGCAGAAUCUCGAGAAAGAUCUUAAUAUCGCCGAGCGAGACUUGGCACUUCUCAAAAAGCAAAACUCCAAAUUAGAUGUAGAUUAUCACGACAGAGAUAAAACUGUUAACAGUUUACGCACAAAGGUAGCUGUGCUUGAACAAGAGUUAAAGGACAAAACGGUGAUCAUUAACAAGCACCUGGAAAUGCUGAAGUCGGGCAAAGAACAAAAGCAGCAUUUAGAGGAUCUCUUGACUGAGAGGGACAGUCAAUUGCAACGCAAGCAAAAUUCCUUGAGAAGUUUAAGCGAUGAGUUGGUAAAAGCUAAUGAAAUCUUAACUAAAUUGCAAAAUGAACUUGCAUCGACCAAGUCGAAAUUAAAAUUGAGGACGAGCAUAGCGCUCGAACAGGAAAGAUUGUUAGACAGCAAACAGAAGGAAGUUGGCCAGUUGGAAACCAAAAUGGAGGGUCUUACCAGAGAUGCUAAGGAUGCGAAGAGCGAGGUAGAUAACUUGAAAGAGCAGAUGAAAACAUUGCAACAUCAACUGGAGGAAAAGGAGAAGAUCAUAAAGAAUAAUGAUAACGUGAUUAGUUGGCUGAAUCGAAGAUUAGCGGACAAUCAAUCGCCAUUGCAAAGCGCCACUACUCCAGCACCAGUUACGAUACCAUCGUCCGUGCCGCUGACGUUGCCUAGAACAAAUAAGUUAUUUCCUAACCGAUAUGAAACACGUACACCGGCACCCAGCACGAUACAGCCCGGUACAUUAUCGGGAUUACCGAUGAAAAAUCCAAUCGUACAAAAUCCAAAUAUCAAUCAAACCACUCGCACGACGGCUCGGUCGAUGGGCGUCGGUGUAACGGAAAGCUCGGUAGGAUUGACCACCUUCAACAAGAGCGCCCUGAUUUCGAGUACCAGCACGCCUAUGGAGCGCUUCAACUCGUUGAAUAAGUUAUCGGGAAAUCCAACGGCCUCGACUUCGGCGCCGGCUAUAAUCGAGAAUAACAAUGGCCCGGCGGUAAUCUCGAAUGGUACAAAGGUGAAAACCGCAAGCGUGGGCUUGCAGGGUGGAUUGAGACGAGCAGGUUUAUCCGACAAGCCCAUUUUACCUUCGGCGUAUUUUCCCAAGACCUUGCAUUAACCUGUUAUUCAGGAGGGAUCAUUAAUAUAGAGAACGGUGAGUUCCACUCAUGUCGGUGUACUUUAAGAAUCAAAACGUAGGAACGACAAAAGUGUAAUACUGUCAUCGGCAUGACAGUAUUUCAGGUUUGCCGUCUUGGAGAUAGUACAAAUACUUGUAAGAAUGAUUAGUAUUAUUUACAAGACCUUUUUUACCAGACAAAAAUUUUACACUAUUUUUAAUCCUACACAUUGGCAUUUUAUACGCAAAAACGAUGUUAGCCUAUCGUCAAUGUAAUCGAUGUAUCAAUGUAGGAUUAAUAAUAAUAUAUAAUUAUUUGUAUAUAUUGUACUAACAUAGACUCCGAUCUCGUUAACUACGGCAUAAAAUGCAUCCAUAUUGAUAGGGAAAUUCCAUCAUUCAAUUUAUCACAAUAUACUUUUAUGUUCGCUCUAAUUAGCUUCAAUAUUAUUAGUGUAAUUUUAUAAUACAAACUACUUUUAAUAUAUAAAUAGUACUUGACGAAGUACACGAAAAGUGAAAAGUACACUCCAAUGAAAUUUAUAUUUGAUAAUGAAGCAUAAUAUAUAAACGUAACGUAAAAAUCAAGAGUUGCAAUUUAUAAUAAUUAAUUAUGAAAGCAGUUUUUUUUUCAAUAAUUCUUUCUAAAUCUAAGUGCUUUUAAAGCGAUUGCAAAUUUUGAAGACUUAUGCUAAAUAUUGUUAGAAAAGAUAUUUUUUUACGACCGGCAAAUUCGAAACGGAGUAAUGUAAUAUGGCACAAUUUCCCCAUUUCAUCGCGAUCACGGCUUAUCACGCAACUGAUUACUGAUCAUUAAUAUUUCCAUUAGCGUUAGAUUCGUAAUUACAUUUAAAACAUAUUAAUCACAUAGGUACCUGGAAAGUAAUUUUAUCUUUGUGGAUUUUAUGUAAUAACUGUAUAAAUAUUUUUAUAUAUAAAUGAAAGUGUUAAUGAAAAGAAAAAAAUAUAUACAGAGAGCUCUCUAAUUUUACAACUUGUACUGUAACAAGUAAGGCCAUUUAACAUAAACAUUAGAAUGUGCCUCACAUAAUAGAUUAGAAAAUUCUAUUAUAUUUAUACACGUGUAUGAUUUAGAUUGUAUAUCUAUUAUAAAAAUUGUACCGGAGAGAAACUGUUUGUUAGUUGCAAUAUUGUAUAAAUGUGAAAUCUUUAUAUAUUCAAAAUAACUUUGUAAAUGUGCCACAAGGUACGGACGUAUCAAGUAAAUUCAAUCUUAUAAAGCAUGUCAAUUUAUUAAAUUACAUAAAUAGAGCAACAGUAUUAAAUAUAAUAAAUAGCGAUAGGAUGGUAAAUAAAUGAUUUCAUAUAUUUUACUACUUUUGUACAUAAAAUUAUAAUAAUAAAUGUCUCUAUUAUAUAUGUGUUUCGCACACGCGUGGAAAGCUGCCAGUCUUGUAAGGUAUAAACAUCUUUUUAAUCGUAUCAGAAUAAAAAGUAAAUUUAUAACAAUA